CUUUCCAUGGAAAAGUAUUUCCACAGAUUUGUCCUUAUUUGAUCUGUUUUAAUGAGCGCAACAAAUAUACAUUUACUUUUUAUAUAAUUAUUGAGUGUAAAACUAAAAAAUAGCGAGGGAAUACAUUGUGUUUGUUGGGACAAAGGGAAUAGGAAUGUGGUCAAUAAUGAAUCCAAGUGGAAGGAGGUAAUGGGAAGUCUGGGAGGGAGGGAGAAGGGGGUUGAGGGAAAAAAGAGAAAAAAGGGGGGUUGAAAACCCUGGCACCCGUCUCCAGCUCUCCACAGGAAGUCUGGUGGUGGUUUAAACGAAACUCUUACCACUGAACUGCUCUGUCCCUCUCUCAGUCUCUCUCCCACUCUCCUGCUCUCUCUCUCUCUCCCAAUCUCUAUCUCUCUCUCUCUCUCGCUCUCUUUCACUCCCAAACAUUCUUGUCUGUCUUGUGUGCUUUCGUGGUGUAUGAGUGAGAGAGAGCGCCGAGUGCAUUAAAAACCAUGGCCAGCCGUGUGGAGCACCCUGCCGCGGGAUACAGGAAGAUCUUUGAAACGGUGGAGGAGCUCAACGAACCUCUGCCCACUGAAGUCACAGGAGUCCUACCAUCAUGGUUGAGUGGGAGUCUCCUUCGUAUGGGACCAGGUCUUUUCGAGGUGGGGGCAGAGCCAUUUCACCACCUGUUUGACGGACAGGCCCUCAUACACAAGUUUGACCUGAGGGAGGGUCAUGUGACCUACCACAGGAGGUACAUCCGGUCUGACGCGUACGUGCGUGCCAUGGCAGAGAAGAGGGUGGUCAUCACUGAGUUUGGAACAGCAGCCUACCCGGACCCCUGCAAAAACAUCUUCUCCAGAUUCUUCACCUACUUCCAAGGCAUUGAAGUGACAGAUAACUGCCUCGUGAACAUCUAUCCAAUUGGUGAAGACUUCUAUGCCGUCACAGAGACCAACUUCAUCACCAAGGUGGAUCCUGAUUCGCUUGAGACAUUAAAAAAGGUGGACCUGUGUGAUUACCUCUCAGUGAACGGGGUGACAGCCCACCCGCACACUGAUGCAGAUGGCAGCGUGUAUAACAUCGGCAACUGCUUUGGGAAGAACAUGAGCCUGGCCUACAACAUCAUUAAGAUCCCUCCUCCUCAGAAAGACGGGUCCGAUCCCCUGAAGAGGUCUGAGGUGGUGGUACAGCUCCCCAGCAGCGAGAGAUUUAAACCCUCCUACGUACACAGCUUCGGGAUGACAGAGAACCACUUUGUGUUUGUGGAGCAGCCGGUGAAGAUUAACCUGCUUAAGUUUCUGUCUUCCUGGAGCCUCCGAGGGACCAACUACAUGGACUGCUUCGAGUCCAACGAGUACAUCGGGACAUGGUUCCACGUGGCCACUAGGGAUCCGGCCGCCUAUCUGAGCAGUCACAAGUUCCAGACGUCGGCAUUCAACGUGUUCCACCACAUCAACGCUUAUGAGGACCAGGGCUUCAUCGUGGUCGACCUCUGCACGUGGAAGGGGAGUGAUUUUGUGUAUAACUACCUGUAUCUGGCCAACAUGAGGGCUGAGUGGGACAAGGUGAAAGAAUCCGCCAUGAGGGCUCCUCAGCCGGAGGUCAGACGCUACGUGCUACCUCUAGACAUAUACAGGGAAGAGCAAGGAAAAAACCUGGUUUCCCUGUCCUACACCACGGCAACUGCGGUUCUCCGUAGCGAUGGGACGGUCUGGCUGGAACCUGAGGUUCUCUUCUCUGGACCUCGACAGGCGUUUGAGUUUCCUCAGAUUAAUUACUCAAGGUGUUCUGGGAAGAACUACCGCUACGUGUACGGCCUGGGACUGAACCACUUCAUUCCAGACAGGAUUGUCAAGCUCAACGUCCGAACCAAAGACACACGGCUGUGGCAGGAGGAGGACUCCUAUCCCUCUGAACCUCUGUUCAUACCAACGCCUGGGGCCAUAGAUGAAGAUGAUGGUGUGUUGCUGAGUAUUGUGGUGAAGCCGGGUGCUGAGAGGCCGAGCUUCUUGUUGGUGCUUGAUGCCAGGCAGAUGACCGAGCUGGCAAGGGCUUCUGUCAACACCAUUAUCCCUGUCACCCUACAUGGCACGUACAAGCCACGGACCCCCUAGCCUUUAGUGUUAAUCCACUACCGUCGACCCCACCCAGCCCUGUCCUUGACGGAGGUGAAGAAAGUGUCACUGCAGUGAGAUCUUCCAGCUUUUAAAAUUGAUUUCUCACCAUUUGGUUGCUAGUGCCUUGUGUCCAUAGGUUGUUAGUGUGCCUGUCCCAAACAUGCAGUUGUUAGCAUUGCAUCAGUCAGGUAGUGUAUUUCCAUCAGCCACAAUAGACUACAUAUACUAGGUGUACAUUUGAUGUUAAUAAUGCAGUGUUACGAUGCCUUUUAUGUUAGCACCUCAGGCCAAAUAUAGUCAUUCAAGGAUUAUAACCUGAAGGAACAAUAGUAGGCACGAUUUGAGAGUUGGAAAGAGAGCAAUAUCAUAAAAAAAGCAGCAAAAAAUGUCAACCCUCGCUCUCUACGUUCCUCGGGCAAUGUGUUACAUUCAGGGAACCCACGAAGAUGGGUUCCCUGGUGCAGGGAAUCCAUCUUACACAGGCAAGAUGGAUACCAUUCAGGUGCCCUGAAUGGUAAAACAUUAUUUUAUUUUGUUAUCAAGGAAAGAACUUUCACAGUACUUUUACAGUACAAUUGAUUGAUACCUAAAUUGUACCUUUAUAUAUGUUUAAUAAUGUUCAUCUAUUUCA